AUGGCCAUCAUCGGCAUGUUCUUUCAGGAUGGUCUGACCGGAAGCGCCUGGGGUGACUGGGCCAACUACACCGCAUCGCCUUUGCGUGCGUUCGAGAACGAGCUCGGUGUGCAGGACCCAGUUGGAUUUUGGGAUCCAGCAGGCUUCACCGCCGAUGGCAGCGUUGAGAACUUCAAGCGCCGCCGCCAGACCGAAUUGAAGCACGGCCGCAUCUCCAUGCUUGCGACGAUGGGAUACAUCACUCCAGAGAUCACUGGCAAGUUCCCUGGAUAUUUGUCUCCAUCAGCUGGAUUGAAGUUCGCAGAUGUGCCCAACGGAUUGGCUGCGAUCUCCAAGGUGCCUGCCGCAGGAUGGGGACAGAUCCUCGCGUACAUGGCCUUCUGCGAGGUUUCCCAGGACCAGUCUCCCGGCACCCCAGCCGCAGCGGGCGACUUCGGCUUCAAGGUCUUGACCUCCAGCGACCCAGCUGAGAAGACCAAAAAGUUGUCGGCAGAGUUGGCCAACGGAAGGCUUGCGAUGAUGGCCAUCAUCGGCAUGUUCUUCCAGGAUGGUCUGACCGGAAGCGCCUGGGGUGACUGGGCCAACUACACCGCAUCGCCUUUGCGUGCGUUCGAGAACGAGCUCGGUGUGCAGGACCCAGUUGGAUUUUGGGAUCCAGCAGGCUUCACCGCCGAUGGCAGCGUUGAGAACUUCAAGCGCCGCCGCCAGACCGAAUUGAAGCACGGCCGCAUCUCCAUGCUUGCGACGAUGGGAUACAUCACUCCAGAGAUCACUGGCAAGUUCCCUGGAUAUUUGUCUCCAUCAGCUGGAUUGAAGUUCGCAGAUGUGCCCAACGGAUUGGCUGCGAUCUCCAAGGUGCCUGCCGCAGGAUGGGGACAGAUCCUCGCGUACAUGGCCUUCUGCGAGGUUUCCCAGGACCAGUCUCCCGGCACCCCAGCCGCAGCGGGCGACUUCGGCUUCAAGGUCUUGACGUCCAGCGACCCAGCUGAGAAGACCAAGAAGUUGUCGGCAGAGUUGGCCAACGGAAGGCUUGCGAUGAUGGCCAUCAUCGGCAUGUUCUUCCAGGAUGGUCUUACUGGCAGCGCUUGGGGCGAUUGGGCCAACUACACCGCCUCGCCCUUGCGCUGA